AUGGCGUGCCAGGCCGCGCUCACCCUCGCCCUCCUCUUCCUCUGCGCAGAGGCCGAAGGCUUCGCCCUCUGCCACACGCCCGCUCACCAGACCAAAGUCUUCCAGUACCGGAUUUGGGACGUCAACCAGAAGUCGCUUUACCUGCGCGACGACCGGCUGGUGGCCGGGCACCUGCAAGGGGCCAACGCCGCCCUCGAAGAGAAGGUGUUUUGGGUGCCCAACCGCGCCUUCGAGCCCAGCCGGCUGCCCGUCAUCCUGGGCAUCCAGAAUGGCACCCGCUGCCUGGCCAGCCCCCCCGCCAGCCAGCCCACCCUGCAGCUGCAGGACGCCGACAUCCGGGAGCUGCCCCACGCCGGGGCGGCCUCGGCCGCCUUCACCUUCUUCCGCUCCUACAAGGACGGGCUCUGGCGCUUCGAGUCGGCCGCCAACCCCGGUUGGUUCCUCUGCACCGCGGCGCGCGGCCACCAGCCCCUGGGGCUCUCCCGGCACCCCGAUGCCACCCACCUCCUCGACUUCUACUUCCAGCUCUGCUGA